AUGAAAAAAGAGAAGGGAGAGAUCAGAACGAGAACAAGUGACAGGUUAAGAGCCGUAGGGAUCACCACUGGUUCGAAGAAAAGAUUGCCAACGGGAAUUCAAACUCUGUCGUGUUCUUCUAACGAGAGACUAGAAGAUAUAAUGGUGGAGGGGUCGAAAAGCAAGCGAGACAGUCCAGUUUCAAAAAAGCUUAUUGAUGUUGUGUUUGACAAACCAGAAAAUACUGAAAGCGAAAGCGAAGAAGAGGAACAAGGAGAAGAAGAUGAACAAGGAGAAGAAGAUAAACAAGUAGAAGAAAAUAACGAUGAAGAAGGGGAGGGUGAGAUAGCGGUAAAGACUAUUAAAAAGAAACAAAAGACAAGAGAAGAUCGAAGGAGGAAGGGAAAAGCACCAAUGAAACGGAAAAAAUCCGAGUGUCCCCCAUGCUCGCCACACCAAAUGAAGUUGGGAAGGCCAUACUUUGCACAAUUCCACAAGGCGAAAAAAGAUAUACUCAAAGAAGCAGAAGAUGAGCUUCGAAAGACCCAACAUUCUGACUGCGUUGCUCAUGUUUCGCUGAAUAGAGACAUGCCCUCUACAAGUCAGACUGAUGGCUUGAUGAGAAUUGUAGAAAAGAUUGAGAAGACCCAAGAGAAGAUGGAGAAUAGUAUGGAGGAUAUUCUUACUUUUCUUAAAUCUAUAGAAUUGAAAAUGAAUACUCGGUUUGAAAAACUAGGACAAAAGAUGAAUGUAAUAAUAGAAGCAAUAAGGACCCAGCAACCUAGUUCUUCGGGUGCUCAGGACACCUAUGAAUUUAUGGGAGCAAAAGCAUUUAAAGAGCACCUUGACAAGGUGGAAGAGGACCAAGAAGAAGACGACGUUGAAGAUUUGAACUUGGAUUUAAGCAAUCCAACGAUGUUUGGUAAAAAGGACGACGAUGAAGACAAAGACGGAAAGAGGAGCAUGGAUGAAGUCAAAUCCAAACUUCCAGAGGGCAAGCUGGUGGGCAACCUAGAAUGGAAAAAUCAGGAACACCACCAACAACCGAAGAAUAAGAUGGAGAUCGCUCACCGUAUAAGGUAA